AUGGCGCGCACGGCCACUAUGGUCGCAAGAAUCAACGAUGACACCACUAACGAGCCGGCGACGCCAUCACUUUUUGAUCCAGAAUAUCUGCGUCACCGAGCACGUUGGAUCCGCGAUAUCCUCGAUCCACAGGUCGCCCAAGAAGGAGCCAAUGCGCUACACUCUGACGAAGUCCUGACCCUCGACGAACUAUUACGGAGACUGCUCGACCAUGACAUGUCACUGGCAGAUAUUCGGUUCACACGAAUGCACCUCGCGAUCAGCGAGAUAUCGGGCAAAGCCACACGAUGGCCCAAGAAACUGAUUGAUAGGUGCGAGGCGAUCAAGGUUGUAUGGGAAGCAAGGUAUGGCCCGCUGAAAACCUUGGGAACGCCACUGUACGAGCCUGGAGGCCGCCUGCACGGCAUCUGUCGACCAGAAGACCUGAACAAGGAGAAGCUGUUGGUGAAAUGGCUCCAAUCACCGGCUGCGAAGCUGAGUCCAUCGGUAUCAAGAAAGGUCGGAGACCUUGGCUUCACUCCAGGAGACUGGUGGAUCAGUCCUAUGUUUGCGUACAGAGCGGGUAUCAUCGACAGUGGCAAUCCAGCUGGCGGCAUUGUGUCCGACAGCGAUGGCGCCUACGCCGUGGUACUGACUGAUAGUGACGAGGUGUCCGGAAAUGAUCCUAACCACUUUCAAUACCGUGCGAGAGACGGCGAUCCUGGACGAUAUCGACUGACAGCUGCGACGCCUGAGUCACGACAGCCAGUACGCAUCUUGAGAAGUCAUAUGCUGCAUAGCUUCCUCAAACCGCGAGCAGGCAUCAGAUAUGAUGGGUUGCAUAAGGUUACAGGGUGGUCGUUGAAGAAAGAUGUCAAGACCAAUAAAACGGUCUUCAUCAUCAACUUCAAGCGUCUUUCGAGCGAACUCAGCAUGGAGGCUGUGCUGUGCAGACCCUGGUCAGACGAGGUCGAAGACUAUUCGGAGUACAAGCGUCUGCGUCAAGAGCAGCGCGACAAGCAGAAGGAUGCACCGCCUCCAGUGCCAAUCACAACCAGCGAUGGCGCGAACGACCAUGUCUGGGCUAGCACGUCGGUGGCCGUGGUUCUCCCAGCUACGAGCGGCUUCACGGUCCUACACCCGGAUGGAGGGAGAGAUCCAGCUGCAGGGUGA